AAAUCUCAAAGUGUACAUUUCUAUGUUCUUCCACUCAAAUACCCCAGUCGCAUUGAUUUGUCAUCAACCCACAGACUUCAUUGGAACACCUUUUUCUCCUUCAAUGGAAGGUGAAGAGGGAAAACAGUGCUCCCACAAAAACCCUUACGUUGAACUAGAAGAAGUUGACUUCGAUUUUAUUCUAGCAUUGAGCAUGCAGGAACAAGAGAGAGAGUUCACAAUGCUUUCAACCAUUGAAAGUGAAAGUGAUGAAUAUCUGAGUGACUCCUCUAUUGAUAAUGAUGAUGAUGAUGAUCCUGACUUCGUAGAGAGUCAAGAGUUUGACUCUGAUCUUCAGUUUCUUGAAGAUGAGGAAAGCAAUGAUAACGAUGAUGAUGAAGAAAUGGAAGUGGAAGAAGAUGAGAUUGAUCCAGACGAGUUAUCUUAUGAAGAGUUGAUGGAGUUGGGAGAGUUUAUAGGAGAAGAAACGAGAGGAUUAUCCGCAAAUGAAAUCUCUACGUGCUUGAACCCAUAUACUUGCCAACGUGGUGAAAGAAAAAGUGGAAUCGAUCGUUGUGUGAUUUGUCAGGUUGAAUAUGAAGAUGGUGAAGCAGUGGUGGCACUUCAAUGUGAGCACCCUUAUCAUGCAGAUUGCAUAAGCAAGUGGCUUCAAAUUAAGAAGGUUUGUCCAAUUUGUAGCAAUGAAGUUUCAACUCCAAACAUGGCUUCCAACACUUAAUUCCUUAGCUCGAAUUGUUUAAUCAACGACUUUGUAUAAAUUACGCAUUACGCACAGUAAUCUGGAUUUGCAUGAAACUGUAGUUGAUUAAAUAAACAAAGCAUGGAAACUUUAGAUCAUUACAAAUAAUUACGCAAAAUUAAA